GUCUCCUCCCCAAUCGUGAUGGGCACACAAAUGACUCAGAAUUUGACCAACGGAUGUGCAAACGGAGCAAACUUGGGCAGCGGAUUUGAACCGGAAGGUGUAACGCUCAACGGCAGUACGGAGUGUAAUGGCCACAAACAGUGUAAUGGUCACAGCGAGUGCAAUGGACACGAAACAGUUAAACAAAAUGGCUCACAGACGCUGGUUAACAAACCUGGACGCUUCAUUUGCAGAGGUUACUAUGACGACCUGGUUCAUUUAUCCGCCGAAACCGGUUACUUAAUAUGGAUCGAGCCAGCUUCCAGUAUGCGAGUACUGUUCACCUACGGGAGCACCCAAUGCGACUUUCUAUGUUACUUGGAGCCAGAAGUCCCGGGGGUUGCAAUCACCCUGCUACAUGACGAGCAAACAUAUGAUCAACGAACGCAUGGCAGACAUUAUCACCGACCAACACCUUUUCAUUCUGGCAUGUCGGCUUCCUCAGCAGGAGCAACAGGCACGCGUCAUUCUUGUCUACGUACCGUGCUCAAUCCCUACUCGUAUGCAGUGGACUCGUCAGAUGGUCAGUGUUUCGUGGAACUCAGAGCGCUGCCGGAAAACCAACUCAAAAGCAUCAAAGAACCCAUCAAGAGACCAUUCAAACUGAAUUUCCAGCUGGUGCUCUGAGCUGAGUCGUGUCGUCCGCCGUUGAUUUGAAUUCAGCAUGUUUAAUAAUUUAUCAAUUCACUCGAAAGCAUUGACGCAUUGUGAUGACUGGUUCGUAAUUCGUGACUUGUAUUCAUUUUGCAUUUGGCCAAAACACUUUCAAACAUCUCUUCUCUUUAUGAGGCUCACAAGCGCCAUCACUCAGGAUAUGCAUGCGAACCGUAAGUAUUUUCGUCCAGCAAUGUCUGAUGUGGACAAACGAUAAAGUGAU